AUGUCUUCGUCUUCCUCCACCAGUCACCCAUGGAUCUACGACGUGUUCAUCAACUUCAGAGGAGAAGAUACUCGCGACAGCAUCGUUUCUCAUCUCUAUGCUGCACUCUCAAAUGCAGGAAUCAACACUUUUAUUGACAACAAGAAUCUUUCAAAGGGAAAGGAAGUUGGACCAGAACUAAAGAGGGCAAUAGAAGGCUCUCAGAUUUCUAUUGUUGUUUUAUCAGUCAACUAUGCAAAUUCUAGCUGGUGUCUUGGCGAGCUGCUACAUAUCAUGGAAUGCCGCAAAACUUAUGGCCAGUUCGUUUUACCAGUAUUUUACGGUGUUGAACCAUCGGCUGUCCGUAGACAGAGUGGUUUACUUAGAGAAGCCUUGAAAGCUAGUGCAAGAAGUGUUGAACUUUCUAAUCCAAAAGGAAAGAAAGAAGAUCUCUUCUACAAGUGGAGGACCGCACUCACUGAAGUUGCGAAUCUAUCUGGCUGGGAUUCCCGAAGUUUCACGGAAGCUAAACUAGUGAAGAAAAUUGUUGAUGACGUUUUGACAAAACUAGAUGUCUCAUUAUUGCCUAUUACUGAAUUUCCUAUUGGAUUGGAUUCCCGGGUGCAAAAAUUGACCCAGAUUAUUGAUGAGAAAUCAAACAAAGUCUGCAUGAUGGGGAUAUGGGGAAUGGGUGGAUCGGGCAAAACAACCACAGCCAAAGCUAUCUACAACAGAAUCCAUCGUAAAUUUGAGGGUAGAACAAGUUUCAUUCAAAGUAUACGAGAGACUUGUGAAAAUGAUAGUCAAAGGAUUGUUCAUUUACAACAACAACUUCUUUCGGAUCUCAAAAUAAACCAGAAUAUUCAUAGCAUUGCUUCGGGGAUAACUAAGAUCGAGGCAGGACUUCGGGGCCAAAAGGCUUUUGUCGUACUCGAUGAUGUGACCAAGCCGGAGCAAUUAACAGCUUUGUGUGGAAAUCCUAAGUGGUUUUGUUCAGGAAGUGUUUUGAUUGUUACAACUAGAAAUGUACGCCUUCUCAAAUCACUCAGUGCUGACCAUGUCUUCACAAUGACGGAAAUGGACGAAAACCAGUCGCUUGAACUUUUUAGUUGGCAUACUUUUCGUCAACCAAGUCCUAGAGAAGAUUUUAUUGAACUCUCUAAAAAUGUGGUUGCUUACUGUGGAGGAUUACCACUUGCUCUAGAAGUUCUUGGAUCUCACUUAUUUGAGAGGACGGAACCGGAAUGGACAGAUACACUAUCAAUAUUAGAGAAAAUUCCCAACAAUGAAGUGCUGCAGAAAUUGAGAAUCAGCUACGAUGGUUUAGAAGAUUAUAAGAAAAAAGAUAUAUUUCUUGACAUAUGUUGUUUUUUCAUUGGAAAGAACAGAGUUGAUGUUACAGAGAUACUUAAUGGCUGUGGACUUAAUGCUGAUAUUGGAAUAGCUAUUCUCAUAGAGCGCAGCCUCAUCAAAGUUGGAAAGAAUAACAAGCUUCAAAUGCAUGAUUUGCUACGAGACAUGGGAAGAGUGAUUGUUGGCGAAGGUUCAGAAAAAGAGCCUGCAAAGCAUAGUCGAUUGUGGUUUCAUAAGGACGUGCUGGAUGUUUUAUCAAAAAAUACUGGAACAGAAACUGUUGAGGGAUUGAUUUUGAAGUUGCAUAGAAAUGACAGAACUCGCUUCAGUACUAAUGCUUUUCAGGAGAUGAAAAAACUGAGGCUUUUAAAACUUGAAGGUGUUAACCUCAAAGGACAUUAUGGAUUAAUUUCCAAAGAAUUGAGAUGGGUUGAUUGGCAACUAUCUUCCUUCAAAUUUAUACCCAAUGACUUUAAUCUGGAAAAUCUAGUUGUUUUGAAAUUAAAAUAUAGCAAUGUUGAACAAGUUUGGCAGAAGACCAAGUUGUUGGAGAAGCUAAAAGUUCUGAAUCUCAGUCAUUCCAAGUACUUGAAACGAACCCCCGACUUUUCAAAUUUACAGAAUUUAGAAAAGCUCAUUAUGAAGGAUUGUGAAAAUUUGUCUGAGGUACACCCGUCCAUUGGGGAUCUCAAGAAUCUUCUUUUGAUAAAUUUGAAGGACUGUACAAGUCUUUCCAAUCUCCCAAGAGAGAUCUAUCAGUUGAUAACAGUGAAAACUCUCAUUCUUUCUGGUUGUUUAAAGAUUGAAAUAUUGGAAGAAGAUAUAAUGCAAAUGGAAUCCUUGACAACUCUAAUUGCAACAAAUUCUGGUGUCAAAGAAGUGCCCUUUUCAAUAUUACGAUUAAAUAGCAUUGGAUACAUAUCACUAUGUGAAUAUGAAGGAUUACGGCAUGAUGUUUUUCCUUCUCUCAUUUGGUCUUGGAUUUCACCAACCAAAAAUUUCAUACCCCGUGUUUCUCCAUUUGGAGGCAACUCAUUGUCUCAUGUUUCGUUGAAUAUAGAGAGUAAUUAUAUGGACUAUCAUUCACCAGUGCUUACCAUCCUUUCAAACCUUAGAUGUGUUUGGGUUCAAUGUCACUCGGAAAUUCAUUUAACUCAAGAACUUCGAAAGUUUGUCGACGCUCUACAUGAUGUGAAUUUUACCAAGUUUGAAACAACGUCACAUGGACCGGACACCUCAAGUUAUUCCUUGAGAUCACUUGUGAUUGGAAUGGGAAGUAACGAAAUAAUCAUGGAUACUCUUCAGAUGAGCCUAUCACAGGGAUUGGCAGCCAGUUGUAUUGAUUCUUUUCUUCCAGGCGACAAUUCUCCUUUUUGGUUAGCCAAUACAUGUGAAGGAUCUUCAGUAAUUUUCCAAGUGCCUGAGGAUAAUCAUUGCGGCAUGACGGGAAUAACUUUAUGCGUACUUUAUUCAUCAACGUCUGGAAACUUGAUAACAGAAUGUCUCACCAGUAUCUUAAUCAUUAAUUACACAAAAUUUACUAUUCAGAUUUACAAUCGAGACACAGUAAUGUCAUUUAACGAUGAAGAUUGGCAAGGCGUGGUAUCAAAUUUGGAUGUUGGUGAUAAGGUGGAGAUUUUUAUAGUUAUUGGACACGGAUUGACUGUCAAAGAGACGGCUGUGUAUCUAGUAUAUCGUCAACCAACUGCAAUGGAAAGCAUUCCAAUUCCUACAGUGGAGGUGCAGACACCACCUGAUGUGAAUACGGAGCCAUUACCUAAAAAAAACAGAAAAAAGUUUAGAAGGUUUGUAAUGAGAGUGGGAAAAUGUUUAUGUAUGAACCAAAAUUGA